CAGUGCUGCUUUCUCUUAGCUGUGGCUGCUCUGCUGACUGUCCUCUGGAUCCAUGUCUUUGUUCAGAGCAUGUGACAUAGAAACAGCCCGAUAACUGUCAAGGAAGAUGUCAGAGGUCAACAUAGCAAAGCGCAAGGAGAAGUGUGAAAACUGCACCAAACAGUGCAACAAGAGACUGAGUGAUGAAGGUGUCAGCUCACAUCAGGAGAGUGAUGAAGUCAAUGGGCAGGUGAAUGAAGGAUCUCAGUUGCUGCUGAGUGCCUGUCUGUCCUGUGAUGGCUGUCUGUCAGAGGGGGAGAGCCUGAAGAUCUCCCAGCAGAGUCUGGAGGCAGUGGAGCAGGUCCUGGCACUCAACAAGAAGUGUGACGUGUCAAAACAUAAGGUGCUGGUCGUGUCGGUGUGUCCACAGUCCCUGCCUUUCUUUGCUGUCAAGUUUGGUCUGGACAUUAGUGAGGCUGCACACAAACUCUGUGGCUUCCUCAAGAGCCUGGGUGUGCAGUAUGUGUUCGACACCACUCUGGCAGCAGGUUUCAGCAUCUUAGAGAGUCAAAAGGAGUUCAUUCAAAGGUAUCGCAGGAGACACCAUGACUCCCACGCCUUGCCCAUGUUCACUUCCUCCUGCCCAGGGUGGAUCCGCUAUUCAGAGCGUGUCCUGGGCAGUUUGGUCACCCCUCAUAUCUGCACAGCCAAGUCUCCUCAGCAAAUCAUGGGCGGUCUGGUCAAAGACUACUUCUCAAAACAGCAGGUGAGCAGUGAUCCCUGACAGUAAAGUUCUUUA